CAUCGUCAAAGAUGGCAGCGCUGGCGUCCUUGAUGCUAAAGUCCCGAGGAGGGCUGUUGGUACCUGCUCAGUCAUCUCUACUGGACUCUGUGAGGUUUGCCAGUAAGAAGGCAGGAGGCAGCAGUAAGAACCUGGGAGGAAAGAGCCCAGGACAGAGAUACGGCUUCAAGAAACAAGAUGGAAACUUUGUCCAUGCAGGUAACGUCCUUGCAACACAGAGGAUGACGAGGUAUCACCCAGGAGCUCACGUGGGGAUGGGAACCAACAAGACACUGUUCGCUAUGGAGGACGGUUACGUCAGGUUCACCAAGGAGGUCUACAUCCCAGCACCACGCAGCCCAGAGGUCACCAAGGUCAUCACCAAGCUGCCUAAAGGAGCUGUGCUUUAUAAGACCUUUAUCAGCAUCAUACCAGUCAAACAGGAGGGUAAGUUUAAACUGGUGGACAUGGUCUAAAAGGGACUGGACUCAACUGGACUGUGAAGUCAUACUUAUAGAUCAAGCAGGAUUUGGUUUGGUGAAAACACAUCAUGUGGAUCCUGGUGGACUGCAGCAGCUUUGACUCAUAUCAGGUGAUUUCACUAAUGAACACAGCUUCCAGCAGAGCAGAGGGAGCAAUCAGUGAUAUCAGCUGUAAUACUAAAACCUGCAGACUCUCAGCCUCUGUGACACAUUUGCUGGCUAAUAAAGAUUUUUAUGUGUAUGUCUUCAUGUUGAAUAAGUUGAGGUUUUUGUUCUGUGUAUUAUGUGUUAUAUUAAUAAGUAGUGGAAGAAGUAUUCAAAGUCUUUACUUAAGUAAAAAAUUAAUUAAUUAAAGAAAUACUCAAGUGCUUCCAAAGUGUACUUAGAUACACUCCACCGCUGAUACUGUUCUUCACAUCAUUGUUAGUAACUGCUUUAACAGCUAGUCUCUUCUCCAUCAGCCUACUA